CUCUCUUUCUCUCUCUAACUUUUGAACAAGCAGUAGCGUAGUAAUCCACUCCCUCUCUCAUCAUCUUCGUUACCAUCAUACCUCUCACUCUUUUAUUUAUUAAUAAAUAAAGCAAAGCCUUUUGCCCUUCUGUUUUUUUUUAAACCUCCUCCUCGGAUAUUAUAUACUUCGUUUUCUCUCUUCUCUGCCAUUAAUCAUACCUCACACCGAUCCAGAUUUUGUUUGCUCAUAAACAGAGGGAGUGGGAGAGACCCCCGUUUAACUUUUCUUUUUUUCCUUUUGAAGUAAUACGACAUCUCCCUCUCCUCCUCCUCCUCCUCCUCCUCCUCUAUUUGUUCUUGAUUUCGAUUAUCUGAUCGGACGGUCACGGUCUUAUUUGUAUUCACCUGCAAUAUCGUACGGCCAGGGAUCUCUCUUCUCUUCUUACUGAGCAAGUUGCAUCUCAUAAGCACUGGCGAUCAUGGAGCUGAAUGGUCAAACAAGAGUGAGAAGAAAGGACCAUUUUGCUCAUACAAACGGUGAUUUAGCAUUACCAAGUGUUGGUGAUGUAGAUCCCUGGACUGCAUGGGCAUAUAAGCCUCGAACUAUUUCGUUGUUACUUAUUGGUGCUUGCUUUCUAAUAUGGGCAAGUGGAGCCCUAGAUCCAGAGAGCUGCACAUCUGGUGAUGUUGUUACAUCUGUGAAAAGGGGUAUAUGGGCAAUGACUGCAGUUUUUCUUGGUUAUUGCUUGCUACAGGCCCCUUCAACGGUUCUAAUAAGGCCACAUCCAGCAAUUUGGCGCUUAGUUCAUGGAUUGGCCAUUGUUUAUCUUGUUGCCCUCACAUUUCUGCUUUUUCAGAAGCGUGAUGAUGCGCGGCAAUUUAUGAAGUUUCUCCAUCCUGACCUUGGAAUUGAACUACCUGAAAGAUCAUAUGGUGCUGAUUGUCGCAUUUAUGUGCCUGAAAAUCCUACAAGCAAGUUUAAGAACGUUUUGGACACUCUUUUUGAUGAAUUUGUUCUAGCACAUAUCUUUGGAUGGUGGGGCAAGGCUAUAUUAAUCCGUAAUCAGCCACUUCUAUGGGUAUUGUCAAUUGGUUUUGAGCUGAUGGAGUUUACCUUCCGCCACAUGCUACCAAACUUCAAUGAAUGCUGGUGGGACAGUAUCAUUCUUGAUAUUUUGAUAUGCAAUUGGUUUGGCAUUUGGGCUGGAAUGCAUACAGUCGGGUAUUUUGAUGGAAAAACAUACGAGUGGGUUGGUAUAAGUCGCCAACCUAAUAUUAUGAGCAAGGUCAAACGGACAUUGGAACAAUUUACACCUGCACAGUGGGACAAAGAUGAAUGGCAUCCCUUGCUUGGUCCAUGGCGAUUUAUCCAAGUUCUUAGUCUCUGUAUUGUCUUCCUGACUGUAGAGCUCAACACAUUCUUUUUGAAGUUUUGUCUAUGGGUUCCUCCUCGGAACCCUGUAAUAGUGUACAGGUUGAUCUUGUGGUGGCUAAUUGCCAUACCUACAACACGUGAAUACAAUUCAUAUCUCCAAGACCGAAAGCCUGUGAAAAAGGUAGGCGCUUUUUGUUGGCUUUCCCUUGCUAUUUGCAUCGUGGAACUUCUCAUUUGCAUCAAGUUUGGACAUGGUCUUUAUCCCAAACCAAUGCCUGCAUGGUUGGUCAUCUUCUGGACAUCUGUUGGAGUUAGCCUUGUAAUAUUCCUGAUUAUGUGGUCAUGGAAAAGUUUGGGAAGAAAGAGACGAUGAAUUUGCUAGCAUGUUCGCCACAAGCAGCCUGGCAGUUAUUCGAUCCGGUAUCUUGACGUUAUCUUAUCACCUGCUGUAAAUCCUAUGGCUCAAACUGGCAAUUAUUCAAGGCAGUUCUUGAAAGAGUUCAAGGUUUUCUUUCCUGUUGAUCGACCUUUGUAAAGCCUAUGAAGCAAUUGUGCAAAUAAUUGGUGCUCGACAGAAGGCAAUCUCUAGUUUGCUCACGACAAUUCUACGAGUGAGACUCCGCAAGGUUUAGCCGAUUUUCGGGAAAACAUUUGUGGACUGGAGUCAUUGAUUCAAUCAAGGUGAAAUUGGAAAUCAUUUAGAAAAGCAAUUCCUGUUCUUUGACAACACUAGGUUCUUCUUUCUCGAUCCGUGCCCAUGUCACUGUGUGUAUAUAUAGAAAUAGAAAAAGUGUAUCUCUCUUAAUCAUGCAGGAUUUUGUUUUUUGCAGUCAAUAUGCCCAUGACUUAUAAUCUCAGUCUUCUUCGAAAACACUAUUAAAUUUAUUAAACCAUAAGAUAGUUUCCUACACA